AGUAAGUAUGGCUAAAAUUAAAUUACUAGCUCCGCUUUUGAUGAUAUUAUUUACCAAUAAUUAUCAGGUUUUUGGGUGUGACAAUGUUGAAGAACAACAUGAUAUACAACACUAUUUAAAAUACCACUUGGAAGAAGACAUUGGAAAGCUCAAUGAUCUUAAAAGUGAUGAAAAAUCCAAAGACGCUAUAUUGUUUUUAAUGGUUGCGUUAAACAGUAUUAAAAAUUACACAAAUUCACUUAAAGAAGAAAACGUAAAAAAUAACGAUAUUAAGCUAGAAAACGACGCGUUUAAAAAAUCAGAUAAUAAAGAGUCAGAUUCAAAAAAUAUUUUCAAAAAAUACAACAAAAAGAAAAGUCCUAAAAUAAAGUUACUGAAAAAAAUUCUGAAACCCAAAAAAGAUGAUUCGAUAGCUAAGCAUCAAGUCUUAGGUAAUAAAAAGAAACCAAUUAUCUUCGAUACAUUAUUAAAAGAUAGACAUGUUCAACCAAAACCACACGCCCAGAAAUGGUCAUUUUUGAGUCCAUUACUAUGGCUGGGGUCAAAUCUGAAAUGUACAAUGAAAAAAUGCCUUGAAAAGAAGAAAAAUGACUUAAAGCUAGAAAAAGUAAUGUUUAAAACCAAUCAAGAUGAUUUCAUUACUAAACAUGCAGUUAAAGGUAAAUCAUCAAUCUUUGAUCUACUGUCAAAAGAUGGACAUGACCAAUCAGGACCAAAGCAAGAUAGCAUCAAGCAAGCUCCAAUAUGGAAUUUUUCAGAUUUAUUUCUAGGUUUGGGGUCAAAUAUGAACUGUUACGGAAAAAAAUGCCAAGAACACAAAACGAAUGAUUUAAAGCUAGAAAAGGAAAUGUCCAAACCCAAGAAACCUAAUGGGAUGGCUAAACACAAAGCUAAAAUUCAUAAAGGCAAACCAACAAUAUUUGAUACACUGUUAAAAGAUAAACAUGGCCUAUCAGAACAACAGCAAGAUAGCAAGAAACAAGACCAACAAUGGGAUUUGUCAAAUUUAUUUCUAGGGUUAUGGUCAAAUCUGAAAUGCACGACAAAAAAAUGCAAGAAAAACAAAAAUAAUGACUUAAAGCUAGAAAAAGAAAUGGUCAAAACGGAUUCUAAAGGGGAUAUAGAUUUAAUAAUUAAACUUAAAGGGACAGAAGAUGACAAGCAAUUGAACUCUGGUCCGUUAACAAACAACAAAGAUGAGCAAUCGGCACAGAAAAAAGUUCCAAGCAAUCAGCAAGGCAAUAAAUGGACAUCCAAUUUUUUAAAGGAUAUAGGAUAUUUUAUGGACACAAAUAAAAUGACAAAAGACACAAGCACACAUAAACCAUUUCAUUCUUUAGAAUACAAUAAAAAAGAAAUAAGUAAUAAAUCAGACAACAAACCGUCUUUCUUGACUCUUUUCUUAAGUCUAAUAUUGGGUUUGGAAACAGAUGAAAAAAAAUCAACAAAACAAGAUCUCGAAGUCAGAAAUAUUGGCGAUUUGAAUGAUAAAGUUCAACACACAGAAGAAAUAAAAGAGCUAAGUCCUUCAAUGUUUAACAAAAAGACAGAAAUGAAAGACCGGUCUGACCUUGAUAAUGAAGACGGAAUUUAUGAAAUGGCUAAUUUGAUUACCACGUUGUAUUAUUAUUAUUUAACUGAUAUUGGUGGGAAAGAGGAAAUUAGUAGAACAAAGCAAACCAAGCGUCCUAUAAAACAACGAAAUAAAAAACCUAAAGAUGUGAAAGAGAAAUCUAAAUUAUUAAAAUUAAAUGAAAAUAAGGAGGACCGUAAUAAACGUAAGCAUUUUAAAAAUAGUUCAGAAUGUAAAAAUGGUGAAACCAGCAGAAAUGCAUGCGAUGUGUGCGAAUGUGUUGAUGGAAUUUGGAAAUGCAAAAUGGAAGGUGAUUGUGAGAGAUUGAAAUUGAGCCAGAAACACAUAAAAAGCUUAAAAGGACCGUCGAAGAAACUGUAUACUAAAUUACAAAUGAUAGCCUCCGGCUGUGAAGUGGGCGACAAGGUGUAUGCGAACAACAACAAGGUUUGCCCCUGUAUCUGCGUGCUGCCCAACCUGAUGGAAUGCGACGUGUGUCCCGCCGUCAAGCAGAUAUUGUUGCCCAAAACUGCCAAGCGCAGGCCAGUGACCAAGUCGCUGCUCGACUUCCAGAUUAAUGAUUAUUAUGACGAUUAAUUGAGUAUUGAUACCGUCA